AUGGACGAUUCCAAUGGUGACGUGAGGACAACACAAGAGGUCCCGACCAAAGCUGAAACAGCUUCUGCCCUCACAAACGGAGUCAACGGGGUCAAUGGUGACUCGCACGAUCACGCACACAGCCAUACACAACCCCAUGACCAUGACCACGACCACUCUCGUCACGAUGAUGCCAAUGCCGGUGCACUGUUCCAAGUCACCGUUAAGCUGCCGCACAAGCCUUACAAGCAGACGAUAACGGUGACCAGUCAAGAGCAGGUGCAGGAUGUUCGUCAGUCCAUCGUCGAGACUCUAGACACCUUCCAAUAUACCUGUUUCCAUCUCGAGCACAAUGGCCAGAGGAUAAAUGAUUUUGUCGAGCUCUCGGAGGUGAAGGACCUCAAGCCAGACGAUGAAAUUGUGCUGGUCGAAGAUCCUUAUACCGAGAAAGAGGCGAGGUUGCACGUAGUCCGCAUACGGGAGCUCAUUGGCGCCACUGGUGAUCGUUCCGACCAGCUUCAUGGUAUCUGCGCCGGAUUGUCUCUCCACGAUGAAAAGUUUGGCUCAGCCAAUGCUCCUGCUCAGAAAACCGAAGAUAAUCCCUUGGCGGGUUAUGAGCUGGAUGGACGGGCGUCCCUUGAUGCGAUCUUACCGCCUUACCAGGACACCUUGCCGAAGACCAUCAAGUCUCUCUCGGUCUCACCAUGGAACCCUCCGCCAUAUCACCUCCGCCAGCGGGGACACUUGCUCUACUUACUGCUGACCACCAACGAAGGCGAGCAGCACCAGAUUACUUGUACUGUCUCUGGCUUCUAUGUGAACAAGUCCUCCAGCAACAAAUUUGAUCCUUUCCCGAGGCCUGCCCCUAAGAAUCACAGUGCACACUCUUUGCUGACCCUGAUAUCCGCCCUGUCGCCGUCUUUCACGGAGACCUUUACUGAACUCCACAAGAUAACCGGCAGCAAGGACCUUCUUACGACGUUCCCCUUCCAGAACGCAAUACCCGCGAAUCCCUGGAUUGUUCCGUCUUCUUAUGGUCAGGGAGCUCAACAUCAAGCAGAUCCCACCAGAGCCCAGGAGGCCUAUCUGAUUGGAGGAGCGGACGGAGCGGAGAACCUUCGGGAUUGGAAUGAAGAGUUUCAGACCACCCGUGAACUACCCAGAGAGACGUUACAAGACCGAGUCUUCCGCGAGCGAUUGACCUCGAAACUGUUUGCCGACUACAAUGAAGCCGCAGCAAGAGGCGCCGUGCUGGUCGCCCGAGGCGAAGUUGCUCCGCUGAAUCCAACUGAAGGCAGGGAUGCCCAAAUUUUCAUCUACAACAACAUAUUCUACUCUUUUGGGGCCGACGGAGUGCAGACAUUCGCAAGUGAGGGUGGAGAUGAGGCUGCCAGAGUGGCAGUUGGGAAAGACGUUGCGGGUGUCAAAGCGGUGAAUCAGCUGGAUAUCGACGGCCUAUUCACCCCAGGGACGGUCAUCGUGGAUUACCUUGGCAAGCGCAUUGUUGGCCAGAGCAUUGUUCCCGGGAUUUUCAAGCAACGGGAACCCGGAGAACAUCAAAUUGACUACGGGGGUGUCGAGGGCCGAGACAUUGUGACUGAGAAUGAGGCAUUUGUCCCAGUCUUCCAGAAGCUCUCCAAGGCAUUACAUGUCAAGAAGCAUCCUGUCUGGGACAAGGAAGGCGGUCGACACGACCUGGAAGGGAGUGUUGAAACCAAAGGAUUGUUGGGUACGGACGGCCGAAAAUAUGUGCUUGAUCUCUACCGCAUCACUCCUCUGGAUGUGGCUUGGGCGGAGGAGAUUGAAGCUGACACAGGGGACGAAAAGUAUCCUCAUCGGAUGUCUGUCCUGCGACUAGAGCUUGUGGAAACCUAUUGGCACAUAAAAAUGCAGGAGUUUGUGAGGGCUGAAGUGGAAAAACGGCGCUCAAAGCAGAGCAACGGACAUUCUGAGGAGUCCAAAAAGGAUGAAGAAGGCCAAAACGAUAAUGGCAACCCUGCAGGAGAAAGCAGUGAUGUUAAGUCCGUUGAAGCUCAAGAUGAAGCUGGCAAAGCUGCUCCGGCGCUGGAGCAGGAACGUGUUGACAUUUCGAACUUCACCCUGGCUCUGAACCCCGACGCCUGUACCGGUCAGGUACCCCAGACCGAGGAAGAAAAGCAGGAGUACGCCGCUGACGAAAAGGAGGUUCGGGCGGUGUGUGACUUUCUACGGUCCAAAGUCAUUCCAGACCUCAUCAACGACCUCCACGACGGCGACGUCGGCUUUCCGAUGGAUGGGUACUCUCUCUGUCAGCUUAUCCACAAACGGGGAAUCAACAUCAGGUAUUUGGGACGACUUGCAAAAGCUGCUGAGGAAAAGGGACAGCGCCUACAGGCAUUUUCGACGGUGGUGUUGCAGGAAAUGGUGGCUCGAGCAUUCAAACACAUUGCGAACCGCUACUUGCGCCAUCUUCCCGUCAUCUUCGCCGGCACCUGCAUCGCGCAUCUGUUGAACUGCCUCCUCGGUACGGAGGUCAAUUCAAAUCCGCGCGCCGAAAUUGACGAAGACCUGCGAGGUCUAUAUCCGGAGGGUGACUUUUCAUUUGAGGAGAUUAAUCCCACAAAGCUGAAGGCGGCCAUCGAAAAACAGGUCAGAAUUCGGUAUAGGUAUGCAUUGAAGGAGGAUUGGUCAACAUCAAUCCGACCGUUGCCGAUGCUCCGAGAAAUCUCGUUAAGACUUGGCCUCCAGCUCGCUGCACGGGAAUACUCCUUCAGCAAAGAGGUGCAAAUGCUCGUGGACCCAUCGCCUGCUAGAAGUGGCAGUGACUCGCACUCCAACAAUGGUGCCCAGGCAGAUGAGGGCAGCAAAAAGAAGAAAAAGAAGGGUGGUGAACAAGCCCAAUCGAAUGGUGGUGUUGCCAAACCUUCCACAACAUUCACUGCCGAAGAUAUCCUCAACAUAGCCCCCAUUGUCAAAGACGCCGCUCCAAGGAGUGCUUUGGCCGAAGAAGCUUUGGAAGCCGGCAAGCUUUCGCUAGCACAGGGCCAGAAGCAACUUGGGCAAGAGCUUGUCCUCGAGUCUCUCUCGCUGCAUGAGCAAAUUUAUGGCAUUCUUCACCCUGAGGUGGCCAAGAUGUACAACUCACUGUCGACAAUCUACUAUCAAACAGACGAGAAGGACGCGGCCGUAGAGCUCGCGCGCAAAGCAGUGAUUGUCACUGAACGGACAUUGGGCGUAGACUCUCACGACACCAUCCUGGCAUAUCUCAAUCUCUCUCUUUUCGAGCAUCACACCGGCAACACGAGACAAGCCUUGAAAUAUGUCCGGCAUGCUCUGGAUAUAUGGAGGAUUAUCUUCGGACCGAAUCAUCCAGACUCCAUAACGACAAUGAAUAACGCGGCUGUCAUGCUCCAAUCGAUCAAAGAGUAUUCCGAGUCCCGCAAGUGGUUUGAAGCUUGCUUCGUCGUCUGCGAGGGUUUGUUUGGACGCCAAUCCAUCAACGCGGCAACCAUACUGUUCCAGUUGGCACAGGCCUUGGCUCUGGAUGGAGACCCGCAUGGCGCUGUUAACAAGAUGCGAGAUGCAUAUAGCAUCUUUUUGGCAGAACUUGGUGCAAACGACCGCAACACGAAAGAGGCCGAGAGCUGGCUAGAACAAUUGACGCAGAAUGCAGUGUCCAUUGCCAAACAGGCUAAGUUGCUGCAGAACCGCCGUCUGGCAGGCAUCCGACACCUGCCGAGGAUGGGCAUGGGCACAAGGCUCCAGCCGCAGAAUGCGAGCACGGCCGCGCUGAACACGAGCUCUAGGGCGAGUACAGCACAGCCGAGUGUACGCACUGGAACGGGUGAUCCUGCUUUUGACACCAGAAGCAUCGACGAGCUUCUGAGAUACAUUGAGGGCGGUGAGGUCAAGCCCAAACAAAAGAAGAAGUCGCUCAAUCCAAAGGCACGAGCAUCCAGAAAAGCCAUCGUGGUCUAA